ACCGGACCUCAACCAAACUAAACUAAAGUACCAAACAAACCCUAAAAAGGGGUCACGUGUGCGUCUGGGGGUAUGAAUGUGCGGCGACGUUUUAUCGGACAGACUUCCUCUCUCAAGUCUCAAUGUCUGGACAGCGACGCAGGGAGCAAAGUUUCGCAGUCACAUAAUAGUUAUCUUUCUUUAUUAUUAUUAUUAUUUUUAUUUAUCACUAUUAUUAUUGUUAUUAUUAUUCAUAUUAAUAUCCUCAUUUUUUUAUUUCAAAUUUUUUUUUUUCUUUCUAAAACCUAAAAAUUCACACUUAUCAAGCUUCUCUCUCCCUCUCUCUCGUUUAUCCAUUUCUUCUUCUUUCGCCGACAAAAUAACCGCCAAAUCUCCUUUCAAUUCGAGCAGUCUCUCUCUCUCUCUCUCUCUAUAUAUAUAUAUAUAUAUAACUAAUUUUCUCUCCUCCUUCAGGUACAAGUUAAAGACUAUUUAUUGGAAACUACUAUGCAUUCAUGGAAUUAGUACCCUAGCGGGAUUGAUGUAGAUUUGAGGACGUCCAAACAGGCCUGCUAUUUGUUUACUGGCUCAAGAUUUUGAACAUCAAACCUGGCAUCACAAACUUCUUCUCCAGAUAGAUAUUUACAGAUACACUUCUUAGUGUUUGAGAACUACUGUUAAAUGUCAAAAGUUGAUAUGGCAGUCAUUAAACCUGAGAUGAUGAAAUCCUAUAUCUGGCUUCAGACUGCUGAUGGUUCAAUUCAGCAAGUGGAACAAGAGGUUGCUAUGUUUUGCCCCAUGAUAUGUCAUGAAAUUAUACAAAAAGGCCUGGGAUCGUCCAAGAACUAUGCAAUAUCUCUUCCACAACGAGUCAAUCCUGCAAUGUUGAGCCUGAUUCUUGAUUAUUGCAGGUUUCAUCAAGUACCAGGUCGCUCUAACAAGGAGCGGAAGUCUUUUGAUGAAAAGUUCAUUCGAAUGGACACAAAAAGACUCUGUGAGUUGACUUCUGCUGCUGACAGCCUCCAGCUGAAGCCUUUGGUCGAUCUUACUAGUCGUGCACUUGCAAGAAUUAUUGAAGGAAAAACCCCUGAGGAGAUACGUGAGAUAUUUCAUUUACCUGAUGAUCUUACAGAGGAAGAGAAGCUUGAACCUUUGAAGAACACAACCGAUGAUCCAAGAAUCCGACUUUUGAAUCGACUCUAUGCUAAGAAGAGGAAAGAACUAAAAGAGAGACAAAAACUAAAGAAUGUUGAGGCUCAAGAAGAAUGCGUGGAUGACCGCUCAGUUGAUGACCUCUUAUCAUUUAUUAACGGAGGAAAUAAAGUUUCCAAAGGGUUAAAAACGCCAAAGAAUAAAAAGAAGCAGCAAAGAAGAAAAGAUCAGCAAAAGAGCACUUCUUUAAAUGAAGCCAUUGAGACACAUAAAAAGGAAACAAAUGGUCUAAAUUCUUCGUGUCAUACUGCUGAGGUUGAUAAUGAAUUACAGUCUAUUACCAGUGAGACCUCAAAGUCACAAGGUGUGGAGGAUGAGAUUUUUGCCCCUAAAGUUGAGUUUGAUGAUGUUGAUAUUGAUGAUGAGAUUGAUCCAGCACUAAAAGAAAAAAUUGAUAGGGAGGUUGAAGAUUUUGCUCGGAGACUGAAUUCAGAUUGGCCUGAAAGAAUGCAGGAGCUUCUAUCUUUGAGUCAAGAGAAAAGGCCAGGUCAUUUUGCAAUUAAUGGCAAUGGUGCCUUGGGAGGAUAUGGAGAGCCAGCACUAUGCUUUAGAACCUCAACACACUGAGCCAUCACCAUCAUGUUCUACAAUAACUCAUGAAAUGCUUUGUUUGGAUGGAGAGGAUCAGAUCCGGAGCAGAAAUGAAUUUUGCAGUAUGGCUAUUUCCUAGGGUUGCCAAUUGCUGGAACAAUUUUGACCGGAUGCUAAUACUCUGUUUAUGAAUGGCACCAACAGAAGAUGUGAAUCCACGUGUAAGUUUUUUCACAUUAUUUAUUUAUUCUUUUUUUCCCAUUGAAAGCAAAAAAGAAAAAGCAAAGAAAAGAAUUUAUUGUGCCUUUAUAGGAGGUGAUUUUGAUUGUGGGGGUGACCUUUUGUACUUUUUAAGCGAAGUAAUAAAUGGGAAAAAUGUUCCAUCAGACAGUUCCAUUCAAUUGUCAUAAGUUUGUGAGGUUCACCAAUAAUGAGGAUGCAAUUAUUGGUGAUUUCUCUUUCCAUGAAAAAAGGACAUAGGAGGAGAGACAUUGUUAGCCUUUUACGAAAGUUCUAUUUUGAAUUAAAUAUUUUCUUUGAAAGAUACAUUUAACCA